AUUGGGCAACUGGGGAGGACUGGUGGAGGAGGAGGAGGGGGGGAGACGAGGGAAGAAGACCGCUGGAGAGAAGGAAAGUCGACGUUCCUUUCGGCUUCCGUCUGGGUUAGCGUGACGAUGCGAGUCGCGGGCAGAGCGUCUCCUUCACCGCCUGCCUGUUCCAAAAAAUUUCUUCCGUCUGUUGCGCUCCAGUUGCGAUUUUUCGGGCGUCCUCGAUCCUCGAUCAUACGUGGGAUCUGGUUUUUCGGCUUGGUUUUUCUUCAUUUUGUACUGCGGCCGUGAGUCUUGAGAAGGGAAUCGACGCCAUCCUUCCCCUCUUUUUUGUUCCUACCAUCUUCCUGGUCGCUCGCCUUGAACAUCCUGAAUAUCUUCCACCUUUGAUUUCCUCCGCCCGCAACAGCAGUAACUAUGGCGCCGACCAAACCUUCGGCGAAGGGAAAGUCCUCGUCUGGAGGCGAUUCGAAAACGAGCAAGCCGCUCUCAUCGGGAACCAAGAUCAGCAAGAAAAAUGUCAAGCGCCCGCCGCCAAAGGAAGUCAAGUCGAAGGCCCGCACGGAACCGUCGCUGUUGAAGAAGACCAAGAAGAAGCAAUACUCGGAAGCCGAAUUGGAUCUGCCCAAGCUGAAUACGAUUACGCCGGUCGGAGUGGUGAAGCCGAAGGGGAAGAAGAAGGGAAAGACUUUCGUUGAUGAUCAGGAGGGUAUGGCGACUAUUCUGGCCAUGGUGAAUGCUGAGAAAGAAGGUCAAAUCGAGUCGAAACUCAUGAAGGCGCGCCAAUUGGAGGAAAUCCGGGAGGCGAGGAAGAAGGAGGCCGAGGCCAGACAGGCGCAGAAGAAAUCGAAGCUGGAGGAUGCCAAACAGUCAAUUCGCCAGAACCGGAAGCGCAAGGGCGAUUCUGACCCGAAGCCCAAGGCCGCUCCCAAAGCCGACGACUCGGCUUCAAAGUCUAAGCCUAAGGGGAAGAAGAAGAGCGUUUCAUUUGCUUAAAGUUUAUGUAAAAACAAAAGUUAAUUCUGUCUAUACCAAGUCUAUGUAUUUAGAAGGGGUCUGGCGUUUCCACCUGGUCUAUGCUUUUGAACAGUGACAUGAAUGAGAACUCAUGACGAAUAUCGCUGCAUC